GUGGGAUUUAGCAGAAUGUGAGAAGAACCAUAUCCUUGCAGUCCAUGACUCAGUGGGGCUUCGAACUGAAGCGAAAUUUGUGGCCUAUCAUUUAGCAAAUGAUUGCUUCUUCAAUGGCCGCUGCUUCUUCUAGCUUGUGGACUUAUUCAUCUUCUACUCUCAGGAAGGAUAGAAGUACAACCCUCUGCGCUCCUUGUGUAAUUUUCCACGCCAAAUCUCAAAACUCUUACUCAUUCAAAUGGAAUCCUCUACCGGGUUUGAACUUAUUCUCUUCUUGGAAUGGACUGAGGAGGAAUCUCGGUGUUUCAAUUCCCAAACAAUAUGCAAAAAUGGAGAGGAAGAAGGGAAAAUGUAAAAGAAAUGAGGGCGUGGGCGUGUACGCUUCUCUCUUUGGAGUUGGAGCACCUGAAGCCCUCGUGAUUGGAGUGGUGGCUUUGUUGGUCUUUGGUCCCAAAGGUCUUGCUGAGGUUGCUAGGAAUUUGGGGAAGACUCUGCGUGCAUUUCAACCCACAAUUAGAGAGUUGCAGGAUGUCUCAAGGGAAUUCAAAAGCACACUUGAGAGAGAGAUUGGUCUAGAUGAUUUCCAAGAUCCCAAGCCGCAGCAGCAGCAGAAGAAGAACAUCUAUACUUCUUCAUCAAACCCAAACACUUCAUCUGAUCCAAAUGGUGCUCAAGCCUACUCAAGUGAAGAUUACUUGAAGAUAACAGAAGAGCAGUUGAAAUCAUUGUCAUCAUCUCAACAACAGCUGACAGGCAACAUUCCUACUACUUUAGAAUCGGAGCAGUCCGACCCACAAACUAAGGCACUAACUGAUCCUGCUCAAGAGGCUGAUGUACUGUCGACACCUCCAUCCCAAAAGUACGAAAAUGAUGUGUGAUGCCAACAUUUAAAAAAAAAAAAAUUAUUUCCCCUUUUUGUUGUUAUGUUCACACAAUUACUCAUAACAAGGGUAAAAAACAUAUGCAAUUGAGUUUGUAGUCUUUUUUGAAAUCUGUUGUAAACUGUGUACAGCAUAAGAACAUCCACCUUCCAAUCACUCUCUGUCAGUUUUUAUUGUUUAAAAUUCAAUGGAAUAAAUUCAUUAGCUUUCAA